AUGCAGCCAGGCAAGUCGUUCCUCAUCAGGGACCUGCUAGGGGAUGUGUUGGUGCCAGAGGAUUCUGAGGAGGAGCUGGAGGCAGUUUACCACCAGCAGCGUGACGUGGCCGAGGAACAUUCGGAAAGGGCGGACGUCAGCGGCAGUGGAGGCGGCGGCCCUGACGGCAACGUCGGUACGAAGGGACGCAAACCGCGGAGAAGGAGAACUGCCUUCACGCAUGCGCAACUCGCGUACCUGGAACGCAAAUUCCGUUGCCAGAAGUAUCUGUCAGUGGCGGACAGGAGCGACGUGGCGGAUGCCCUGAACCUGUCAGAGACACAAGUGAAGACUUGGUACCAGAACCGCAGGACCAAGUGGAAGCGGCAGAACCAACUGCGGCUGGAACAGCUGAGACAGCAGACCAGCGUGGACAAGGAGCUUCUCCGCCAGCCGGGAGGACCCGAGGGGGCGCCGGCAUGCUGCCCCCAGACUUAUCAGGCACCCUCAGCUGCCACCUGCAGCUUCCUGACCACAGCGGCCGCCAUAUUCCGCAAUGUCACGUACGUGCACGGCUGCCAACUGUAGUCGCGCUGUUCAACUACAGCUUCCGAGUUUUAAAAUCUUUCCCUCUGUUCUAGGUUGAAUUUCGGUUUUGUUCAUUUCUUUUUAUUAUCAUUCAUUUACUUAUA